CGAUGAUCCAUCAGAUUAUUAUCUUAUCUUAUCACCCAUUCAAUCACCUGACCCACGGUCGUGCCUUUCAAGGGGCGAAAACCCGCAGGCUUUCGUCACGCGCGGGAGGGGGCGACCGACAGCUCGGGAUCCCAUGACGGCGCGCCACGGUAUCGAUUUGGAUUUGCGAUGUUCGGGCGCUCACGUAACGAUCAUCUGGUUGGCCUCGUAUUCUCAGGUAAAGUCGUGAGAUAUCAGGCUUUGGGUAUAUCACAUCGAUAUCAUAGGCGAGUAAGCGUCCGUAAGAAUCGAUGAAAACAAGAGAAAAUCAAGGAAGUCUCAUCCGCAUCGUGUUGUCCGCCAUGGAAAGCAUUCCAGAAACCGCGACAUCGCUCAACGCAGCGCACACAGCCCCACUCAAUCGCCGGUGCUCUCUCUCCAGUUCUGCUCGCCCCAACAAGCCUGAGACCGUCACAUUCAUCGUCAACUGCCUCAGAUCAGGAAGUGCGAGAAGCCACGGGAUGGCCUCGUGUGCCACGGUCAGCGACUCGCAGAACAGGCUGAUCGUGGGAAUCCGGAAGAGGUUUCGUCCUGCAGCGAUAACAGAGCUGUGGAACGACCAGAUUUCAGGGCCUUCGGGCGGUGGCGGCUCGUCCCCGCGAACGUCCAGCUCAAUCGCACCCGCAUCGGCCGCACGGUCGUAGAUGGCCUUGAAGUCCAGCAAGAGUCCGUCGAGAGUCAGCGCAGUGGGGUAAGCGGGAAACGUGAGAGUGAAAUGCUGCAGCAUAGGUGAUCCAAUCAACGCCGCCAGAAUGAGGCCCAUCUGCGGUUCCGUAAGAGAGGUCGUUGUCGACACGCGUUCGAGAUUCGGCAGGCUCAGCGCUGGAUAGAUCAGCUGGCCGCGGUGCUCUGGUUGCUCAGCAGUUUCGACGAACUGAAUUUCUUUGAUCGUAGGGUGGUUCAACAGAAACGUGAACAGCGCAAAGGGGUCUAUAAAAUUGGUCUCCAACGAAACCCGCUCCAGACACGGCAUGAACAAGCGGCCCAGCAGAUCGCUCCACACCGCGCGAUGGAAAUCAUGCGAGGAGAGGGUGACGGAUCGGAUGUUGCAUGAAUCAUUGAACAUCAGGAGCGAGAACCCGGCGGGCAUUGGUCCCGGGACAGUUUGGACGACGUGGAUGGUCACCGAUUCGAUGCAGUCGACGCGGCCCACAGGCGUGACUUUGCCGGAGUACAGCCGCACGUUCCUCGUGCCGUUCCUUUGGAAUGGGCCCCAGAAUCCCCCGGGCGUAGGUAAAACUCCCAAGGACCUGCGUUUGCGGGACGACAUGCUUGAGCUUCUGCUGCGCAGGGUGUCGGCCACCGCCACUAAGGCCGGCGUCUCCAGCUUCCAGGAGCGCAGGUCCCGCGCGCGGCAGGCGAGGAAGCUCGAUUGGCUUUGGUCGAAGUACAGCAUCGGACCGUUCGCGCCUAAUGCGACCGUCGCAGCAAAGCCGCACAGUGUUUCUACCGAACGCACGCAACGCGAAACACGAUCCAAAUCCGCAGCCUGCGCGUCGGCCAGCACGAGUGGAUCGGAGGAAGCCAUGGUCAGCCGGACCUCGGUGAGCUGCGGACAUCGCGUCACGAUGGAGGGGAUGCAGUCCAGCGACCGCGUCAGUGCGCCUGGAGCGAGUUGGAACGCAACGCGCGUGAGCCCGAACGCGCGCUGCGUCGAGACGAAGAAGACGCGCUGAAGGGUGGGAUUGAGCUGCGCACUCUCCCUCGUGAAUAUCUCCUUGUGCGCAUGGCUCCUCCUCAAGAGCACGCGGACACAGGCCGCGUUGAGCGCCUUCGAGGCGCGGGACAGUGCGAAGAGCGCGUCGUUGUCGGCCGCGCGAAUGAUGACAUUCCAGACUUCAGGAAGCGGUCUUGCGACCCGGGGCAUGGAUGAUGGGGGAGAGGAAAGGACGCUGCGCCGCCUGCAACAGGCAUUCCGCUCAAGAUGGAUU